AUGUCGACCAAGUUAACACAUCUCGAGACCCUCCGUCGCACCGAGGUUGAGCAAGAGCAAAUCAAGAAGCUUCUAACGAAUCGGGAGCGAUUUGGAUGGACAAAUAUAGACCGAAGUACAGAGGCUCGGAAUGGGUGUUUGGGAUUCUCAAAUCCCAUUGGAACAGGGCUUGAUCUUCCCUUCCACAACUUCGCGCACCACUGGCCGUACAUUAACCGCGAGUAUCAAUCGGUGUGCGCCUACUUCCCCGUCAAUACGUCAAGACCCCACGUUGCUUGCCUAGUCGCCGAUUCAAUGGAAGCCUCGACCACCGGCGGCCAAGCCCUCCGGAGCGACGUCGACUAUGCUAUUGCAAUGGUGUUGUGGCAGCUCAGCGAAGGCCAGCACACCAACCACCACACGAAACCAGCCCUAAUCUACACCCUCGAGCGCGACCAGCACGCGCGCAUCACGCAAGCCCACUUCGACAGCAAGCGGCAAAAACUCGUCCUGCGCCAGUCGCGCCACCUGGACCUGAGCGGGCCCGAGCCCACGCCCGACGCCUUCCUGCUGCUGCGCUGGAUCGCCUGCCGCCCGGCGGGGGAGACCGAGUACCCCGAGGAAGGGGGGGAUGGUGGAGGUGAGGAGGGGGAUGGGGAUAGGGAUGGCGGGGAUGGGGAUGGGGAUGGGGAUGGGGAUGGCGGGGAGGGGGACCCGCCUGGUGUGGCGCCGCGGUUGGUGGUAGUGGGGUGUGCUUGA